UAGGCGUGUAGGCGUGGCGCGGCCGCGCUCUCUGUUUGGUCGGAGCGGCGCUGGGCGUAGUGUAUGGGCGGGGACGAGAACCAGGAGCUGGUACUCCUGGCCCGAGGCGAAGGCGCCGCGGGAGUGAUCCUGGGGCCCGGCCCGGUGGCCCGCGCGGCCUGCCCUUUGUGCUUGCAGCCCGCAUCCUCGCCCAGGGCCACCGCGUCGGGCUCCCCCGGCGCGCGUGCCCGCCCGCGCGCUGCCCAGCCUGGGAUGCGCCAGGGAUGCGCGCCCGCCGGCCCUGCGGCUCCUGGCAGCUGGGCGCGGGGCGAUGGAGCUAAGCAUGAAGAAGUUCACGGUGCGCAGGUUCUUCUCCGUGUACCUGCGCAAGAAGUCGCGCUCCAAGAGCUCCAGUCUGAGUCGCCUCGAGGAAGAAGGCAUCGUGAAGGAGAUCGACAUUAGCAACCAUGUGAAGGAAGGCUUUGAGAAGGCAGACCCUUCCCAGUUCGAGCUGCUGAAGGUUUUAGGACAAGGGUCCUAUGGGAAGGUAUUCUUGGUGAGGAAGGUCUCAGGAUCGGAUGCUGGUCAGCUCUACGCCAUGAAGGUCCUGAAGAAAGCCACCUUGAAAGUGCGGGACAGGGUCAGAUCCAAGAUGGAGAGAGACAUCCUGGCCGAAGUCAAUCACCCUUUCAUUGUCAAACUGCAUUACGCCUUUCAGACUGAAGGCAAGCUCUACCUGAUUCUGGACUUCCUGCGGGGAGGAGACCUCUUUACAAGGCUCUCCAAAGAGGUCAUGUUCACCGAGGAGGAUGUCAAGUUCUACCUGGCUGAGUUGGCCCUGGCUCUGGACCACCUUCACGGCCUAGGGAUCAUCUACAGGGAUCUGAAGCCAGAGAAUAUCCUCCUGGAUGAAGAGGGACAUAUUAAGAUCACAGAUUUCGGCUUGAGCAAGGAGGCCAUCGACCAUGACAAGAGAGCCUAUUCCUUCUGUGGGACGAUCGAGUACAUGGCUCCUGAGGUGGUGAACCGGCGGGGACACACACAGAGCGCUGACUGGUGGUCUUUUGGUGUGCUCAUGUUCGAGAUGCUCACCGGGUCCCUGCCAUUCCAGGGGAAGGACAGGAAGGAAACAAUGGCUCUCAUCCUCAAAGCCAAGCUGGGUAUGCCACAGUUCCUCAGUGUGGAGGCGCAGAGCCUGCUGAGGGCCCUGUUCAAGCGGAAUCCCUGUAACCGGCUGGGUGCCGGCAUUGAUGGCGUGGAGGAAAUUAAGCGUCACCCUUUCUUUGCCACCGUGGACUGGAAUAAGCUGUACCGCAAGGAGAUCAAGCCGCCCUUCAAGCCUGCAGUGGGCAGGCCUGAGGACACCUUCCACUUCGACCCCGAGUUCACUGCAAGGACACCCACAGACUCCCCUGGUGUCCCCCCAAGUGCAAACGCCCAUCACCUGUUCAGAGGAUUCAGCUUCGUGGCCUCCAGCCUGGUCCAGGAGCCCUCACAGCAAGACAUGCCCAAGGCCCCUAUUCAUCCAAUUGUGCAGCAGCUGCAUGGGAACAACAUCCACUUCACUGAUGGUUACGAGAUCAAGGAGGACAUCGGGGUGGGCUCCUACUCCGUGUGCAAGCGGUGCGUACACAAAGCCACCGAUGCCGAGUAUGCUGUGAAGAUCAUCGAUAAGAGCAAAAGGGACCCCUCGGAAGAGAUCGAGAUCCUCCUGCGCUAUGGCCAGCACCCCAACAUCAUCACUCUAAAAGAUGUCUAUGAUGAUGGCAAGUAUGUAUACCUGGUGAUGGAGCUCAUGCGAGGCGGGGAGCUGCUGGACCGCAUCCUCCGCCAGCGGUGCUUUUCAGAGCGGGAGGCCAGUGACGUGCUCUGCACCAUUGCCAGGACCAUGGACUACCUGCACUCCCAAGGGGUUGUUCACAGGGACCUGAAACCAAGUAACAUUCUCUACAUGGAUGAGUCUGGAAACCCCGAAUCUAUCCGCAUCUGUGACUUUGGGUUUGCCAAGCAGCUUCGAGCAGAGAAUGGGCUGCUCAUGACCCCAUGCUACACAGCAAACUUUGUGGCUCCCGAGGUCCUGAAGAGGCAAGGCUACGAUGCAGCGUGUGACGUCUGGAGCUUGGGAAUCCUGCUGUACACCAUGCUGGCCGGGUUCACCCCUUUUGCCAACGGACCAGACGACACCCCCGAGGAGAUUCUGGCAAGGAUUGGCAGUGGGAAGUACGCGCUUUCCGGGGGGAACUGGGACUCCAUAUCUGACGCAGCAAAAGAUGUCGUGUCCAAGAUGUUGCACGUGGACCCUCAGCAACGCCUGACGGCAGCUCAAGUAUUGAAACACCCGUGGAUUGUGAACAGAGAGUACCUACCCCAAAGCCAGCUGAGCAGACAAGAUGUCCAUCUAGUAAAGGGCGCCAUGGCAGCCACCUACUUUGCCCUGAACAGGACCCCACAGGCGCCGAGGCUGGAGCCUGUGCUCUCGUCUAGCUUGGCCCAACGGAGAGGCAUGAAGAGACUCACAUCCACCAGGUUGUAGUGGCCAGCCAAGCCUGCCCUCCAGCCUCAGCCUCCCUACCCGACCUCCUCUCAGGCUCCCAGACGCCAGGUACAGGUCCUGUUCACGGGCACUUGAGUGACCAUGAGUCCAGCACAAAAAAAACCGGAUCUGGCCU